AUGGCUAACGACGCAUUCGAGAAGUCGACAAAAACGCGAUGCAUCUAACCAAAGGAACGUUUCUGGUACUCACUCUCUGCCUUAGUUGCUCGGACAUCUGGGCAACGCCCACCCUUGGCCUCGUUGAAGGUCUGUGGAACGGCUUGGGAAGUGCAACACAUGGCAUUAUCGACGGAUUUAAAAAUGCUACAAAGGAUGGAGUUGACCUAACGAAGAAUACUCUAGAAGAUCUUCAUAACACCAAGUCCAACUUCAUAAAAGGUGCCCUGGGAAUCGCAGCAAACCUGACCAAAGGCAUUUCUGAUUCGUUGCUCGGUAGCUUGAAGGACUUGACGGCACAAUUGGAAGCUUCGCUUGCGGAGCUUGAAUCUCUUGUGGCCAAGGAAAGGAAUCUCAUUAAGAGAAAGGCAUUGCAAGAAGCAUUAGAUGCGCUGAAGUUACUCCAUUCAACGGCCAUUCAACUUAAGGCAGAUCUGGUCGCUAUUAGCGAAAAGAUUAGCGGGACAAUUGCCGUACAAAUCCAGGCCGCAAUUGAAAAAUUGAAGGAAUGGGCAGAUGGGCAAUUGAAGCGUGUGGAUGAAUGUACUGCAGGUGCUGGCCUUGCGGAAGCAAAGGAAGUCAUUAAUGCUCUGGUCGUCAAAUACGUCAAAAUUCUGGAGGGAAGCAUCGAGGAACUUCUUACAUUGAAGGCUGUUUUCGAGCUAGAAGUUAACAAUGCCAUCGAAAAAAAAGCUAAACUAGCCAAGGAGUUAAUUGCGCAAAUGAAACGAUGCUCAGGCUUACUUGCAAUUCGAUGCCAACUCGCUCUUGCUGACUUGACACAGCAGGUGCUUGCUGCCGCCAACGAACUGAAAGCACUGCAGAAAAGGGGUCAGGAAUUGAUCGAGGCUGGAGUCUAUGCCAGCGCACAAAUCAAGCUGACUUUGAUUGAAUUGGGCAAGGAAAAGCUGAAAAUCGAAAUAAUUAUUGAUAUUAUCAUUGAGAAGUACGCGACAACCACCUCUUCAAGCUCAACUGCAGCCAGCACCACUGCAGCCAGCACCACUGCAGCCAGCACCACUGCAGCCAGCACCACUGCAGCAAGCUCAACCACCGAUAGCUCAACCGCGGCUAGCACAACCGAAGAAAGCUCGAGCUCAUCUGAAGCCGAAUCUAGUAGUGCAUCUGAUGGCUCUGGGGAUAAUGAAUCUUCAAGUGAAUCCCAAGCCCCUGGUGGAGAUGAUUCUACAAGUGAGUCCCAAGCCCCUGGUGGAGAUGAUUCUACAAGUGAAUCUCAAGCCCCUGGCGGAGAUGAUUCUACAAGUGAAUCCCAAGCCCCUGGCGGAGAUGAUUCUACAAGUGAAUCCCAAGCCCCUGGUGGAGAUGAUUCUACAAGUGAAUCCCAAGCCCCUGGCGGAGAUGAUUCUACAAGUGAAUCCCAAGCCCCUGGCGGAGAUGAUUCUACAAGUGAAUCCCAAGCCCCUGGCGGAGAUGAUUCUACAAGUGAAUCGCAAGCCCCUAGUGACGAUAGCUCUACAGGCGCAUCAGACGCAGAUUCUACCAGCGAAUCCGAACCCUCUGGCGGAGAUGAUUCUACAAGCGAAUCGGAGGCCCCUAGUGACGAAAGCUCUACAGGCGCAGUUUCUGCAGAACCAGCAAAUGCGGAGUCUACUACACGUUUGGGAUGCUGAAGGCAACUCUUGAAUCCAGCAUUAUUGACACAGCAACAGUAUGAACGACUAAAUGCAGACACUUAAACUUAAUUUUGGUGGUGGGUAAAUUCAAGACAGCAUAAUAAAAAUGAAAUUUUCAAUGCAAAA